AUGAUGUGCGGCUGGGGGAAGCUCACCCUGUCCCUGGGGCUGCUGCUGGCGAUGGCGGGCGCGGUGGCGCCGCAGCCGUGCCCGGCGCAGUGCUCCUGCUCGGGGAGCACCGUGGACUGUCACGGGCUGGCGCUGCGCGGCGUCCCGAGGAACAUCCCCCGCAACACCGAGAGGCUGGAUCUUAAUGGAAAUAACAUCACAAGAAUCACGAAGACCGACUUUGCUGGUUUAAGGCACCUUCGAGUUCUUCAGCUCAUGGAGAACAAGAUUAGUACUAUUGAGAGAGGAGCAUUCCAGGAUUUAAAAGAACUGGAGAGGCUGCGCCUAAACAGAAAUAACCUCCAGUUGCUUUCUGAGCUGCUCUUCCUGGGGACACCGAAGUUAUACAGGCUUGAUCUUAGUGAAAAUCAGAUUCAAGCAAUACCAAGGAAGGCAUUCCGAGGAGCAGUAGACAUAAAAAAUCUGCAACUGGAUUACAACCAGAUCAGCUGUAUUGAAGAUGGGGCGUUUAGGGCUCUGCGUGACCUGGAAGUGCUCACUCUCAACAAUAACAACAUCACUCGACUAUCUGUGGCAAGUUUCAACCAUAUGCCCAAACUCAGAACAUUCCGCCUUCACUCCAACAACCUGUACUGCGAUUGCCACCUGGCCUGGCUGUCGGACUGGCUGCGGCAGCGGCCGCGCGUGGGGCUCUACACGCAGUGCAUGGGGCCCUCCCACCUCCGCGGCCACAACGUGGCCGAGGUCCAGAAGCGGGAGUUUGUCUGCAGCGGUCACCAGUCCUUUAUGGCUCCAUCCUGCAGUGUCUUGCACUGCCCUACUGCAUGCACCUGUAGUAACAACAUUGUGGACUGUCGUGGGAAAGGCCUUACUGAGAUCCCAACAAACCUUCCAGAAACCAUUACUGAAAUACGGUUAGAACAAAAUUCAAUCAAGGUCAUACCUCCUGGAGCUUUCUCCCCCUAUAAGAAGCUUCGAAGAAUUGACCUGAGCAAUAACCAGAUCUCUGAAGCAGCUCCAGAUGCUUUCCAGGGCUUACGUUCACUCAAUUCACUAGUCCUCUAUGGCAAUAAAAUCACAGAACUUCCAAAGGGCCUAUUUGAAGGACUCUUUUCUCUACAACUGCUAUUAUUGAAUGCCAACAAGAUCAAUUGUCUGCGAGUUGAUGCAUUUCAAGAUCUGCACAACCUGAAUCUUCUUUCUUUGUAUGACAACAAGCUUCAGACCAUUGCAAAAGGCACCUUCUCACCCCUACGUGCGAUUCAGACCUUGCAUUUGGCUCAGAACCCAUUUAUCUGUGACUGCCAUCUGAAGUGGCUGGCGGAUUAUCUUCACACGAACCCCAUUGAGACCAGCGGUGCCCGAUGCACCAGCCCCCGCCGUCUGGCAAACAAAAGGAUCGGCCAGAUCAAAAGCAAGAAAUUCCGCUGCUCAGCUAAAGAACAGUAUUUCAUUCCAGGCACUGAAGAUUACAGAUCCAAAUUAAGUGGAGACUGCUUUGCAGAUUUGGCUUGCCCUGAGAAAUGUCGCUGUGAAGGGACCACAGUGGACUGCUCCAAUCAGAAACUCAACAAAAUUCCUGAUCACAUUCCCCAGUACACAGCAGAGUUGCGACUAAACAACAACGAAUUUUCAGUCCUGGAAGCUACUGGAAUCUUUAAGAAACUUCCUCAGCUGCGUAAAAUAAACCUGAGCAAUAACAAGAUUACAGAUAUAGAAGAAGGAGCAUUUGAUGGAGCCUCUGGUGUGAAUGAGCUAUUGCUCACAAGCAACCGUUUGGAAAGUGUUCAACACAAAAUGUUCAAAGGACUAGAAAGUCUCAAAACACUGAUGCUGAGGAGCAACAGGGUGAGCUGUGUGGGAAACGACAGCUUCACAGGGCUGAGCUCUGUCCGCCUGCUCUCGCUGUAUGACAACCAAAUCACCACCGUGGCACCCGGCUCCUUCGACACGCUGCAUUCGCUCUCUACGCUAAACCUCUUGGCCAAUCCCUUCAACUGCAACUGCCAUCUUGCAUGGCUUGGAGACUGGCUAAGGAAGAAACGCAUUGUGACGGGGAACCCUCGCUGCCAAAAACCCUACUUCCUCAAAGAGAUUCCUAUCCAGGAUGUGGCAAUUCAGGAUUUUACAUGUGAUGAUGGAAAUGAUGACAAUAGCUGCUCCCCCCUGGCCCGCUGCCCUGCAGAAUGUACUUGUCUGGACACAGUAGUUCGCUGCAGCAACAAAGGUCUAAAAGCUUUGCCUAAAGGCAUCCCAAAAGAUGUGACUGAACUUUAUUUGGAUGGAAAUCAGUUUACCCUUGUUCCAAAAGAGCUUUCCAACUACAAGCAUUUGACACUCAUAGAUUUAAGUAACAACAGAAUCAGCACUCUUUCUAAUCAGAGCUUCAGCAACAUGACUCAGCUGCUCACCUUAAUUCUUAGUUACAACCGCCUAAGAUGUAUUCCUGCACGGACUUUUGAUGGGUUAAAAUCACUUAGGUUGUUGUCUUUACAUGGCAAUGAUAUUUCUGUUGUUCCUGAAGGAGCCUUUAAUGAUCUUUCAGCAUUAUCACACCUAGCUAUUGGAGCAAAUCCUCUUUAUUGUGAUUGCAAUAUGCAGUGGCUAUCUGACUGGGUAAAAUCAGAAUACAAAGAACCUGGUAUUGCACGUUGUGCUGGUCCCGGAGAAAUGGCAGAUAAACUUCUUCUCACAACUCCUUCUAAGAAAUUUACUUGCCAAGGGCCUGUGGAUGUUAGUAUUCUUGCAAAGUGUAAUCCCUGUUUAUCAAAUCCAUGUAAAAAUGAUGGAACCUGCAAUAAUGAUCCAGUUGACUUCUACAGAUGUACGUGCCCAUAUGGUUUCAAGGGUCAAGACUGUGAUAUUCCCAUUCAUGCUUGCAUUAGUAACCCGUGCCACCAUGGUGGAACUUGUCAUUUGAAAGAAGGAGAAAAAGAUGGUUUCUGGUGCACUUGUGCAGACGGAUUUGAAGGUGAAAACUGUGAAGUAAAUGUUGAUGACUGUGAAGACAAUGACUGUGAAAACAAUUCUACUUGUGUGGAUGGAAUUAAUAACUACACUUGCCUUUGUCCACCUGAAUAUACAGGUGAACUCUGUGAGGAGAAAUUAGAUUUCUGUGCCCAAAACGUGAAUCCUUGCCAGCAUGAUUCAAAGUGUAUCUUGACACCCAAAGGGUACAAAUGUGAUUGCACCCCUGGAUAUGUAGGUGACCAUUGUGAUAUUGACUUUGAUGACUGCCAGGACAACAAAUGUAAAAAUGGAGCACAGUGCACCGAUGCAGUUAAUGGAUAUACAUGCAUUUGCCCAGAAGGGUACAGUGGCUUGUUUUGUGAGUUUUCACCGCCUAUGGUUCUACCUCGCACCAGCCCUUGUGAUAAUUAUGAAUGUCAAAAUGGGGCCCAGUGUAUCAUAAAAGAAAGUGAACCAAUCUGUCAGUGUUUAUCAGGCUACCAGGGUGAGAAAUGUGAAAAGCUGAUUAGUAUAAACUUUAUCAACAAAGAAUCCUAUCUGCAAAUCCCUUCAGCUAAGAUGCGCCCCCAAACCAAUAUCACUCUACAGAUUGCCACAGAUGAAGACAGUGGGAUCCUGCUGUACAAAGGCGAUAAAGAUCAUAUAGCAGUGGAACUGUACCGUGGUAGAGUGAGGGUCAGCUAUGACACAGGAUCAUAUCCAGCCUCUGCUAUUUACAGUGUGGAAACAAUUAAUGAUGGCAAUUUCCACAUUGUGGAGCUACUAGCUAUGGAUCAGAUUCUAUCUUUAUCUAUUGAUGGAGGAAGCCCCAAGAUAAUAACCAAUUUGUCCAAGCAAUCCACUCUGAAUUUUGAUUCUCCGCUGUAUGUAGGAGGCAUGCCUGUGAAAAACAACAUAGCAGCUUUACGCCAGUCGCCAGGGCAGAAUGGCACUAGCUUCCAUGGUUGCAUCCGUAAUCUGUAUAUCAACAGUGAACUCCAGGACUUCAGAAAUGUGCCACUGCAAGUGGGAAUUCUGCCAGGUUGUGAGCCUUGUCAUAAGAAAGUUUGUGUGCAUGGCACAUGCCAUGCUACCAGCCAGUCAGGCUUCUCCUGUGAGUGCGAAGGAGGAUGGACCGGACCACUCUGUGACCAACAAACUAACGACCCAUGUCUUGGAAAUAAAUGUGUGCAUGGUACCUGCUUGCCGAUCAAUGCAUUUUCAUACAGUUGUAAAUGCCUGCAGGGACAUGGGGGAGUCCUCUGUGAUGAAGAGGCAAUGCUGUUUGACCCCUGCCAAUCCAUCAGGUGUAAACAUGGCAAAUGUAGGCUUUCAGGACUUGGGAAACCAUAUUGCGAAUGCGGCAGCGGAUACACGGGGGACAGUUGUGAUAAAGAAAUCUCUUGUCGAGGGGAACGAGUCCGAGAUUACUACCAAAAGCAGCAAGGGUAUGCUGCGUGCCAGACGACCAAGAAGGUAUCGAGACUAGAUUGUAAAGGCGGGUGCUCAGCCGGGCAGUGCUGCGGGCCACUCCGGAGCAAGAGGCGGAAAUACGCCUUCGAAUGCACGGAUGGGUCGUCAUUUGUGGACGAGGUUGAAAAAGUGGUGAAGUGUGGCUGUACAAAUUGUCCCUCCUAA